AUGGCCGAUGCGCAUGUCAAUUUCUUCGGCGGGUCGCCGCUGAACCGCCUCUCGUGGUUGCGGUCGUCCCCGCCAUUCCUUAACGCCAUCGUGCUCUCCCCGAAGACGCGAUGGCUGCUCUUGCAAGAGGGGCAGCCGCUCCUGGCGACAGACCCCAGCACCCGUCAUCGAUCGCUCGCUCGCCUGACGACGGGCGACGUACGACCUCUGCUCGGUCCUGAGCCGUUCUUCGCGCAAGGCCAACAUGCAGGAGAGUUCGCACCCGCGGACGACCCGUCGCUCGAAGCUGGUCGCCUGCACGGCGCACCCAUCGUGUUCCUCGGGCUCGACGAGCCCCAGACCACGUUCGCGAACGCGCUGCCCUCGUCCGACUUCAGCGGCAAGGGCGAUGCCGUCGACGUAGCGCACAAGAUCGAGGGCACGCCCUACUUCUCGCUGGACGUGAGCGACGUGCAGAAGACGGAGCUAGACGAGGCGCUGCAGAACUCAGAGGUCGGCAAGAGCGGCGCACAGCUAGCGUUCGCGGACGCGCGAGCGGCGAUGAGCAGCUUCGACAUGUUUGAAGCGGCCGUGUUUGCAGAGGCGAGGAGUUUGGUAGAUUGGCAGGCUCGCAACAAGUUUUGCGCGGGGUGCGGUAGCCCUGUCAAGCCGCUCUGGGGGGGAUGGAAAUUAGUGUGUUCUUCCCUGUUCCCAUGGUCGAACGGUAAUGGCAGGAAACCGUGCCCUACAGGAACUGGCUUAAACAACUUCGCGCAUCCACGGAGCGAUGCCGUGGUCAUAAUGGCCCCAAUAGACCAGACCGGCACCAAGAUUCUGCUGGGAAGAAAUAAGAAAUGGCCGACGAGAUUCUACUCCGCCAUGGCUGGGUUCAUCGAGCCCGGCGAGUCAUUAGAGGACGCGGUACGACGGGAACUGUGGGAGGAAGCAGGCAUCGCUGCAUGGGGAGUCAAAUACCAUUCGACACAACCCUGGCCGUUCCCCGCCAAUAUAAUGGCAGGCUUCUACGCCGUCGCCGACUCCACGCAGCCGCUCCGCACAGAUCUCGACAAUGAGCUCGAGGACGCGAAGUGGUACACGCGCGACCAGGUCCUCGACGUGAUCCGCUACUCAGAGGGCAUCCUCCCGACGGGUACAGACCUUGCGAAGCCGUUGGCCACACCCGACGCAUGGACGAGUAGUGAGGAGAAAGCCACUGGUGUCGGCACGGCGAAUCCGUUGGCGGGGGACGCCGUCACGACCGCGGAGAAGGCGGCUGCAAAGGCCCCCGACGCGCGGAGCGAGGUGCCUUUCAAGCUACCCCCAGCGACGGCCAUUGCGGGUGUGCUUAUCAGGGAAUGGGCGCAUGGAAGGGCUGGGCCAGAUAUUCGUGUUCAGCCAGUGAAGGGUAACUUGUAG